GUCCUCGGUGGGCUCAGCAGCCGCAUCCCGUUGCUUAUUCGCCAGCCCACGGCGAAUCAAGCGACAGCGCUAGCACACUCGGCACACAGGGUGGCGGCGUCUGCCUGUCUGUCCAAGAGGCCGAGCAGCAGCGCAUACCACCAACGUCAGCGACAUGGCAACAAUGUAAGAAAGAUCUAGACGAAAGGACGCCGACACUUGACAUGGCUGUGGUGCGUGGUCCUGAAGGGUGUGGAGGUCCUCAAUUCAGCGUUGACACGUGCCCUGGACGCAACACUGGUGGGCCCAGGACAGGGCACUUACUCUAUCUGUCGUGUUGGAUGCGUCACCAGGACGUCUGUCUGCCUGCAGGAGGACAGCAGGGUCCGGUUGGCUCUGAGAUCUGCGCUUGCUCAGCAGGUGAGGUGGAUGAUUGUCACCCAUUUCACGCACACACACACACAGAGAUGACUGAGUGUGUGUUUGUUCGGUUGGUUCGUUGGUGUCAGGCUGUGGUGGGCAUCAGAUCCCCUGUCCGCCCGGUGACGAUUGAGGAGCCCUCUGCCGCACCCCCACGAACACACCCACACCCACACCCACUGCCGCCCACCACACCAAACACCAACAAUCCAGGUACAGACACGCGAGACCACUCACACACACCGAGCAUGACCAUCUUGCCUUUUCGGUCGCUUGUGUGUGUGUGUGGCGUGAUGCCGAUCAUCCGUCCAUUAGAUGCGGCCACCCCAGGGCGUAAGAUAGAGCCCGCUGUGGGAGGUGAUGUGUGCACUCCGGUUGAGGCGAAGCAGCCGGGCAAGAGCCACAAGAAGAAGCCCUACUGGUCAGAGAUGCAGUGGUGGGAAAAGGUGAGGGAGUGAGUGAGCGAGUGAGUAGGUCAGGCACGGGAGAAGAGGAGGGCCGAGGGCGGCGUGAGAGUGCGCAUGUGUGUGCUGUUGUGUGUGUAUGUGUCAGGCCAUCUGUGUCACGUGGUUCUUCCUGAUGAUGUACGCCCUCAUAGGCAACAUUGACUGGAUCUGAGAGAGAAAGAGAGAAAGAAGGGGCGUUUUUGCCCAUCGACGGGUUGGCAAGUGGACCCGGUUGUCUUGAUCUGCUAUCCAUCCAUCCAUCCAUCCAUUGCCUUGUGAUGUAUGUCGGCGUUCGCGCAGCUGCGUCCUCGGUGCCAGCCACGGCCGCCGAGGAGGGGGCUGUGCUGACGGUGUGGGGCAUGACAAGGCCAUGUGAUGAGAUGAGAUUGCUGCUCGACCAUCGCUCCCUGCCAUAUAUAUGUACACAUGGCUGACUGAUACAGAUACAAUGGGUGUGGAGCUGCGUGCACUGGAGCAGACAUCAAUGUGGUGUGGGUCAUCUUCCUGCCCCGCAGCAGGCAGUGAAGACGGUGCACUGCUUGGAUGCGCUAUGCGUCGUGUUCUGACUGCCGUGGAGCAGGUGGAUGAUCUGCAGCAGGUGGCGUGUGUCUGCUGCAAUGCGUGUCAGUGUGUGUGGGGGGGUGCGAUGUGACUUGAAGGACGAAGUGAAGUUGACAGACACACACAUACGUCUUGAAUCGUCUGUGUGUGGGUGACGUCGUUGAUUGACCGAAGCUA